AACGCCGAUUAAUUAUAGCCGACUCGGGAUGCGACCUAAAUUAGCCUUAUUAGCACCUUCGAUAUAGCGUAACGUUUACUUUGAGCAGCUUUAAUAUAUGUGGAGAUUACUGACGUCCAGGCCUACAUACCUGCUACGAACUGUAAGCACCAGCACAUACGCUAUAACCCCUUGCGGGACAGCUGGGUCCUGGUGUCAGCCCACCGCAUGAAGAGGCCGUGGGCCGGUCAGGUAGAAAAGCCUCCAGAGGAGCACGUACCCAGAUAUGACCCCUGCAACCCGCUCUGUCCCAGAAACACCCGCGCAAAUGGAGAGGUUAAUGAAGAUUAUGAAAGCACAUUUGUCUUCGAUAAUGACUUUCCUGCUCUUCAGCCAGAUGCUCCAGAUCCCGGUUCAGAUCAGCAUCCAUUGUUCCGAUCUAAAGCUGCCAGAGGUGUCUGUAAGGUCAUGUGUUUUCAUCCAUGGUCUGAUGUCACCCUGCCGCUCAUGAAAAAAGACGAGGUCGUCAAGGUGAUUGACAAGUGGUCUGACAUUGUUGAAGAGCUAGGUGCUACCUAUGCCUGGGUUCAGAUCUUUGAGAAUAAAGGAGCCACGAUGGGCUGUUCAAAUCCACACCCUCACUGUCAGGUCUGGGCCAGCAGCUUCCUGCCCAACGAGCCGGCCCUGUCGGACCGCUGUCAGGGGAAGUACUACGCGGCUCACAAGGAGCCGCUGCUGCUGCAUUAUGCUCAGCAGGAGGCAGAGAGGAAGGAGCGUGUGGUGGUGGACAGCUCCCACUGGCUGGUAGUGGUUCCAUAUUGGGCGACGUGGCCCUAUCAGACACUGCUGUUGCCACGACGACACAUCCUCAGGAUCACCGACUUGACAAGGGAGGAGCGGGAGGAUCUGGCUGAUGUUAUGAAGCGACUGCUGACCAAGUACGACAACCUGUUCGAGGUGUCCUUCCCCUACUCCAUGGGCUGGCACGGAGCCCCCACCGGCCCCCAUUUGAAGGAAGAUUACUCCCACUGGCACCUACACGCUCACUACUACCCUCCUCUGCUACGUUCAGCCACGGUUAAGAAGUUCAUGGUGGGAUAUGAGAUGCUCGCGCAGGAGCAACGAGACCUCACACCUGAACAGGCUGCAGAGAAGCUAAGAAACCUACCUGACGAUCACUACAAAACCAGAUAGAACCUGGGAGCAGGAAGCUGAGAAGAGUGAGAGGGUGAACUUGUGUGAAAGUAGGAUGAAUGGAAAAUAUGCAGCUUUUACAUCAUCAGUGAUGAUGAAGAAUUAAGCAGGUGCAAAUUUGCCUGAUAAUAUAAGUACUGUAAAUCAGCUCAACCAGCAGAGAUGGACUCUACCUGACCUGAAAAGCCUCAGCUUUAGUUCAGCACCACGGACAGCGACAGAAGUUCCUGCCUCCAGGAUGGAUCCAUAAAUGUCACUAAGUCGCAGCAAAUGUUCACAGGCCCAUUUAAAUCUUUAAUCACGAAGGUUAAAUAAUUAACGGGGAACUAAAUCAACACUUCCAAACGCUGUGGCGCAGUGGACGUGUGAAUUAGAGACCCUGUCGAUGUUAUGAUCCUUGUGGCUUCAACCACAUCUGUAACAUGCAAAAAAAUCAACAAGCUGAACAUCAGGCAGUGACAAUGGUUUAAAAAAAGCCAAGGUAGCGGUGAACAUGUUAAAUGAUGUGUGCUCUCAGAAUGACAACAGCAGAUGGUGGUGUUGUUUAAAAAGUGAGGUAGAUGACCUGGAAUUAAGUUGGAACGAUGACUCUGUGGCAUAUUCUAACCACGAAGCUCCACUGGAAGCUCAGGAUCCUUGUUUUCCACAGUAGCAAGGUCAUAGAUGAGGAGAUGCUCUAGAAUAUGCCUCUACAUAGAAUGAGUUGUGUGCUUUGUGUUGUCAGUGUCAGUUUGUGUCAUGUUCCUGUUUUACAGAACACCAGCUCUCUGUGUGUUGUGAUAAGAACUGGUAAAGAUCCUACCUACA